CCAGAAAGCUCGUGCGCUGCCGACGAUUGGCUCGAGUGGGUUCUAGCGCUCCUCGCCGCCGUUCCUCCUUGCCCCCCUCCCUCCCCUCCCUCUUCUCUCGACCAUGGCGCCAAAUCCCAUCCCCCUGUCGCCGCGCCGCUUGGCCGCUUCAGGGCUGCGCCUUCACCCCUCCGAGUCAGCCUUCCGCGAGGGUUCAGCGACCAUUGUCCUUCCCACGAGCUCUGCGGCGUUCCUCAACCCCGUACAGGAGUUCAACCGAGAUCUCAGCGUCUUGGCAAUCCGAAGCUGGAGCGACAUGAUGGACGAAGACCUGCGGAAGAAGUGGGAGGCCAAGAUGCAGAGACGCAAAGCACAGCAGCAGCUCAAUGGAGGCAAAGGAGGGAAGAAGAGGCCUCAUGCCAGUACGACUGAAGAGGCAGGAGCAAGCAAUGGAGGGAUUGACGAUGUAGAUGUGAAGAAGGUCAAGACAGAGAAUGGCGAUGCAGCAGCAGCAGCCGCCGCCGCCGCCUCUUCCGUUGCUUCAAACAGCAGCCUGCCUGACCAAGCUACUCCAACGACGCCCGUCCAAGAGCCAGAGCAUCGUGAGCCAGAGUACCGCCCCUUCACCUUCAAUCUCCUCGAAGCCUUGGCUGCUACUGGGCUGCGCUCGAUCCGCUACGCCAGAGAAAUCCCUCUUCUGAAGCGAGUCACAGCCAACGACCUCUCCACUUCAGCAGUCAAAGCUAUGAAGCGCAAUCUCGCCUUGAAUUUUCCAGCUGAGAGGCCAAUUGAGGACUGGAUUCCUGAAAAGGGAGAAGCAUCGCAACCUCACCCUCCGGACGCUGAUCUUGACGAGGAUGCGCUCAUGAAUGGAAAGGAGACUGCAGCAGAGGCGGGAACCAAGGAUCAGAGCAAGAGCAGCGAGGCGGCGGAAGCAUCUCAAGCGGCUCCCAGUGGGAACCCCUCUGAUCCUCUUACUUCGGAGACCACUGCCGCAGAGGCGUCUGCUGCCGAAGCUGCCAUCCAUCCUCAGUGCAAAGUCAAGAUCAACGAAGGGGACGCAUUGGAUGUCAUGUACUCGCAUCGCAAACCCGGAUCGAGAUUCGACGUCGUCGAUCUAGACCCAUAUGGCACAGCUGUGCCUUUCAUCGACGGCGCAGUGCAGUCCGUAUCAGACGGAGGACUGCUAUGCGUGACCUGCACCGAUCUCGCCGUCCUCGCCUCGAACAACUACCCGGAAAAGGCCUUUGCCCUCUACGGCGGUAGCUGCACCCGAAGCGAAUUCUCUCACGAGAUCGCUCUCCGUCUUGUCCUCCACUCAAUCUCAGCAGCUGCUGCAAAGUACGGCCGCUACAUUCAGCCCAUGCUGUCACUGUCAAUCGACUUUUACGUGCGGCUCUUCAUCAGAGUCCAUACUGCGCCCGUCGAGGUCAAGAAGCUCGCCAGCAAAACUGGCAUUGCCUACAUCUGCUCGUAUUGCGGCAACACUCACGAGCAGCGUCUAGGCCGAGCAACCGAGCAGGAAGGCAAGGGCAAGAAGGGACAGACAUUCACCAAGUUCCAGAAUGGGGCAGGGCCUCCAACGCCUGGAGAAGGAUCGAAGUGUGAAGAGUGCGGAUCGCAGUACUUAAUCGCUGGACCGAUGUGGCUGGACCCGAUACACGAUCCCAGCUUCUGCAAUCGCAUCCUAGACAAUGUCAAUGCAGCUCCUGAGCGGUCGAACACGGCAGCCCGCAUACGUGGAAUGGUGUCCAUGGCGGCUUCAGAGCUGCCCGACUCGCCUUUCUACUUCACACCUGCCAAGGUCUCUGGCGCUAUGCACUCGACUUCGCCUCCGAUUGUAAAUGUCGCUUCUGGCCUACUCAAUGCAGGCUUUGCCGUCUCACGGUCCCACUGCAUUCCCGGUUCUCUCAAGACGAAUGCCACUCGAGCACAGGUCUACGAUCUGAUCAGAAGCUGGGUCGCCAAUGGCCAUCCAGUGAAAAUGGAAGGGAUUGCCGAAAAGAGUCCGGCGCGGACACUGGUACUCAAGGAGAGGAAGCAGACGUUUGAUCUGGAAACGAUACACCCAGAAGCCAAGAAGCUUGCAGGACGGGGAGGUGGAGGGGCAGAAGGAACGGGGGAGAAGAGUGUGAGAUACCAGCAGAACCCUUUGCCGAACUGGGGUCCUGGCACAGCUGCACGCAAGACAUGAGAGAGAGAGAGAGGUUGUAGCGAGAUGUGCAUCCCAGAUACUCCACUGUUGUCGGUUGUGUCCAUUGUCAAUGAGCGAGACCCAUGUCACCAUCGAAUCUACCCUUCCGCUUCGCUCU